AUGAUCCCCUUCCUUGGCAAACGAAUUGAGGAUGGGAACUUUUCAAGGGUACCGCUGAGGGAUGAGUUUCUUGAGAAUGCCCGUCUAUUUAUCUUUGAGACCUACUGCAGAAUCCACCAGCGAAUUGACUUGGCGCAUGAGCAAUUGAUUAACCACACCAAAGCAUUGACUGGACGUACUUACAAGUUAGUUAUUCAGCUCUUAGAACAUACCCUGGCGCAAGCUGCUCGAUGA